CAAUAACUCACCUUCAAGUCCACUCAGAUACACCAGAAAUACCUAAAUCCACCAUGCACUAGACGAAUAACACACACCAUGCCCCGGAGAAACGAGAAACAAUACUAACUAACCGGAACCCUGGUGCCCAUAUAGUCGCCUCCCAGCUGAUCAAGGCGCCUAGAAACCUGCCACGGGGCUCCCCAUACACACCAUGCGCUGGCUUUUCCUCCUCCUCUUUGCCUCCCACGCCCUCAGUGAAGCCAAGAGUGACAGACCAGUGCCACCCGUGAUAUUAGUGCCUGGCGAUGGCGGCUCUCAGAUGGAAGCGAUGCUGGACAAGCCAGAAGUUGUUCACUACAUCUGCUCCAAGAAGACGACUUACUGGUUUGACUUGUGGCUCAACAUGGAGCUGCUCAUGCCGGAGAUCAUCGACUGUUGGAUUGACAACAUGCGACUCGUGUACAACAGCACCACCCACACCACCAAGAACUCUCCAGGAGUGAAGAUACGCAUGCCGGGCUUUGGCAACACUGACACUGUGGAGUGGCUCGACCCUAGCCACCGCUACCCCACUGGCUAUUUUUAUGACAUUGUUCAGGCCAUGGUGACUUCUGACCUUGCCUACAAGAGAGGGACCACUGUCAGGGGAGCGCCAUUUGACUUCAGGAAGGCUCCAAAUGAGCUGCAGUACUAUUUUGAUGCCCUACGGCAGCUGACAGAGGAAAUGUAUAACACGAGCGGUCAGCGUGUGGUGUACCUGCUGCACAGCAUGGGCGGCCCCAUCACCUGGUACUUCCUGGGCCACCAGCCGCAGAGCUGGAAGGACAAGUAUGUGGAGGCCGUCAUCUCCCUGGCCGGCGCCUGGGGAGGCUCCAUAAAGGCCGUCAAGGUGUACACUGCAGGAGACAACUUGGGGAUCUACUUGAUCAGCCCUCAAAACAUAAGAAAGGAGCAGCGAUCAGCGCCCAGCCUUGCUUUCCUGCUGCCCUUGCCUACUGUAUGGAAGUCAGAUGAUGUGCUUGUUCAGACCCCAGAGAAAAACUACACCACAGCUAAUUUCAAGGACCUGUUUGAGGCAUUAAAGCUUCCUGAUGCCUACAACAUGUACCUAGACACCAAGGACCUGCUGAAAACCCUGCCACCGCCGGGCGUUGAGUUGCACUGCCUGUACGGCCACACUGUUAACACAGUGGAGAAAUUGGUCUAUCAGGAAGGCCAUUUUCCCGACAGUCCUGAGAUUAUCUUUGGAGAUGGAGAUGGGACUGUUAACAUUCGCAGCGCUAAAGUCUGUGAGUCGUUCAAAGAUAAACAGAAGCAGAAGGUGCAUGCCAAGCCCUUCCCAAACAUGGAGCACAUGGCCAUCCUGAAGGAAGUCAACAGCAUCGCCUACAUCCUACAGGUGCUCCACAACAUUACACAGAAGAAUGAAAAGGCUGCUGCUGCUGCUAAAUCCUCUCAGGGAAAGAAAGAGUUGUUUAUGAAUAUCAUCAAGAAAAAGGAAGUUAUUGCUCCAUCUGCUACACAUGAAACCCUGAGAACUGAAGAAUCCAUUCAUGCUUCUGCUGAGGCUGCUCUGAACAAUGAGAAAACUAUGCAAGCUACUGCCACUGCUGCUAAGACUAUGAUGAAGACUGAAGCAGCUAUUCAUGCUGCUGCUGCUGCUGCCAAGGCUGCAUUGAGGAAGGAAGCUGUGGAUGCCCGUAUGCAUGAACAAGCUCCUGCUGCAGCCCAUAAAGUCACUCACGUGGAGGCUUUGGAAAAGUCAAGAGAGAAGAAUAUGGUGAAGCAAUAUUUGGUGCAGAAUUUACAAGAUGAAAACAGGAUCAAAAGAAGAAGUGUUGAUCCUUCAGCCUUCUGGAAAACCCUAAACAGCAAUCCUAAUGUGUCAUGAUGAAACUCAACAAUCCUAUCAACACUUGAAAGCUGUCAGACCCACCACAAGUAACAAACAUUCUCUUUGUAGAGCCUAAGAAGCAAGGGUGUUUGUCUCAGUUCUUCUUUGAUACAUGGUGAUUACAAUGUUCUUAAUUAGUGUAUCAACUCUCAUUUGAAGUCAGUAUUAACCACAGAAAAGUUACGAGUGGUACUUCAUAUUUCAUAGACAAAGAGAAGAUGAAAAGUUGUUUCUGGAAGCAGAGGUUUCAGCCAUGUGUAUGUGUUUAUAUAUAGUAUCUAUAUAUGUAAAAAGGUAUGCUCAUGUUCUAUGUUAGACAUGUUAAAUAUUUUUUUAUUUUAUCUGUACAUUCUAGGAUCUUAUAGGUUUGUUAUACUAUUAAUUUAAGUACAUUUUAUUCUUGUCAAAAUUUUAUUAGUUUUCUUCAAUAUUGUUGUUCUUUUAACAAUUUAUAGUAUAAAUGAAUCAUAUGUUUUAGGCAGUCGAUUCCAUCCUUUAUUGACAGCACACUCGCUUACUGCACAAGUUUGAAACCAGCACUGCAUAUUUUUAUGAGUAUGUAUACACUGUAUACUCCUGCAUUGUCAAAGUGUGUAAUGGAGCUUUGUUCAUACAGGAAAUCCCUUCAUUGGGUUCAUUUUGAUAACUGGGUUGGUCCAGUUGUACUUUUCAUUAAUCAUAAUUUCAGAUGUUCCCUAUAUUUUUUAUAUACUUACCUUUCUAUUAUCAUGGAAUCAACCUUCCAUUCACUCUGGUCUGAAUGUCAGGUCUUCAUGACAAGGCUCCAGUACUCACUGCUUCAUGUUUAGCAUGAUUUUAUCUUGCAUGUCGGUAUAAUAAUGACGUUUUGAAUUGUUCUCUACAUGUUCACAAAAGGAGUGGAGUUUCUGCACAGGACUGAGUUUUGAGGUCACUUGUGAUGUUUUUACCAUCUGUAUGCUAAUUCGGUAAAUCCUCUUUUUAAUGAACCUAUAUUCUACCAUGAGCAAGAGGUAUAUUGAACCAUAUUAGUACACAAGGAUUAACAAUAUUCCUUGUUUUGAUUUGAUAUCUUUUAUGGUAUUAUUUGAUAAAACAAUUUGAAACAGUUAAAACAAUUGAUGUAAUAUUUAUUUGAUCAACUAUUGUAAACAAUGUAAUUUGCUUUUAUACAAAACAGUACACUCUAAAUUUUAAUAUCUUCAAAUAUAACAAACUUGAAUAUAAUGACUUGGUGUUCCCAAUUAGUUACCCAAAUAGAGGGAUCUCAGCACCGUCUUGUCAGCAAGGCUCCACCACACAAGCACACACCCUGCAGUUAGUCAGGGUGUUGUUGGGUGCUUGACUGUGCACUGUAGUCCAUCGACUCUUAACUUGAGCCCUGUGGCUUGGCCUAAGGAAUCAUCCAUUGUUUACACAUCUAGCAAUGACCUGCACAUGGCGAUCUGUCUCACUGUUAGUCUGUACGUUAUCUGUUUGUGGAAAAUAUAUAUAUAUAUAUAUAUAUAUAUAUAUAUAUAUAUAUAUCUAUAUAUAUAUAUAUAUAUAUAUAUAUAUAUAUAUAUAUAUAUAUAUAUAUAUAUAUAUAUAUAAAUAAUAUGACUGCAUGGUGUUAUGGAGGGCUUAGGAUUUAAGGGAAAGACAACAACUCCGUAAACCUUCCAUUUCACUUGGCAACGUGGCUCAUGCGAUGGUGCUGCACCAUUCACCCUUCUGCCACCAUGGAAGACUCGCAUAGGUCUCACUCUCACAUCCUGCACAGCUAAGCAAAAGAUGUUAAAUAUAACGUAAAUAAUAGAGGAGGGGGGGAGGUAGCGAGCUCCUCUGAGGAGAGUGAUGGGGUGAUGUGGCAUUAGCGCAACUCAGGAGAGCUGUGCCUAAAGGCUCAAGUUAGAUUUGAUAGACUAUAGUCAAUUAUAGAUUAGAGUUUAAUGCUUUUGUUGACCAUAAUCAGUACUGGAUAUUGCAUUGAACUCUAUUAGACAAAGUAUACUUGUUCAAUAUUUAAUUUACAAAAUUUGCAAGAAAACAUGUCAAGGCCCUUGUGAAUACUUAGUGGGAACCUGUACUGAUGAAGAAAUGAACACAAGUACUGUAAUGUUGUGACAGACUGUGCCAGGAACAUGAACAAGUAGAAUAUGUUGGAAUGAAGAACCUUCCUCUCUUGCCCAUGCUUCAUCAGGGUUGCCAGGUGUCUGAUUUAAGGCUGAAGUCUGGGUAGUAAGCAGCACUGUUCAGUCUCCAGUCAGACACAAAGAAAGAUACUCAGAUUUGUUUUAAUUUUACUUAUUUGAAAAGUUAAGCUCAUUUACUUAAGUUCAUUUAUUACAUUGUCUUCACAUUUGUUUAUAUUCACUUCCUAUAAAUAAUCCAUGGCCUAUCCCCCACUACCUUUGAAAAGUCCCAUAUGAGCUGUACUGUAGCUAUAGACUGCAGGUUCAUGUGUAAUAUGAGGAUCUGAAAACUAUUAGGCUAUUAGCUGGCAACUCUAGUUAUCACCAAGCUGUGAAACUUCAGGAACUUGCUUUUGACAAUACCAUUGAUCAUUUGUAAGGUCUCUAUGUUAAGGACUGCUAUUAUCUCAGUUUAUAAUAACAUGGACACACUUGUUCAUGUGUGUUCAAUUUGACUGAAUAAUGAAAAGAAGAAUUAUUUAGUACACUAUGUUGCUUUUAUAGAAAUACAAUGCUUUUGGUGUAGGGAGAGAAAAUUUAAAUUAGUGAAUCAUACUGGAGUUCAAUAUUUAUGCCAUGGGAAUGGGGAUGCUUUCUGCUCAUGAAUAAUUUGGAACAGACAAAUGGGUGACUGAAUUGUUUUUAGUAGAUAGAGAUUUACUGAACAAAGAUGAGACUCACUGACAGAGCCUUUCUGUGAUUCAUUAGACAGAUAUUGGGACAUUACAUUGCUGCUAUGAAUAAAAGCUUCAUAAAUGGUCAAAAAAGGAAAGAUUGUAGGUUUAAGUUGCUUAGAAUAUCAUAAAAGGUUUGUGAUAUGUAAAGUAAAAAUAUGAUGGUGAUGUGUGGUACAUUAACCCGGUAGCAGUGACGGGCCUAAUUUGUGGCUUUACUGUAUACCAGCGACGGGCCAAAUUUUUGCCAUGAUAUAACCCCCCAAAAUAAAUGAUGCAUAAACUGAUCACAAAUGCGUUGAUAUAUAUUAUGAAAUGGUUUGCGUGAGUGAUGAUUUUUUCUCAUUUUUCUCGCUUAGAGGGGCCUUUAAGAAACAUGUUAGUACAAGGAGAGGGAAAGUAGUAACUGGUAUACUCAAGGGAAAACUGUAUCGCUAUUGAUUGUUUUAGAUGAAAAUUUGUAUUCUUAUGAGUACUGUAUAACAAGUGCUUUGUGAUAUGUAAAGUAAUAUUAUGGUGGUGUGUUGUGGGGAACAUAAACACAAAUAAAGGGAAAUUAGUAACUGAUAUACUCAAAGGAAAACUUUAUUGCUGUUGAUUGUUUUCCAUGAUCAUUUAUAUUCUUAUUCCCAUAUAUUCUUCAGACCACAAGCACCACCAUUGCCAAACUAGAGAUUAUACUUAGCUCUAUAUAUUCUUCAGACCACAAGUACCACCAUUGCCAAACUAGAGAUUAUACUGCCGGCUAUAGAUCCCAUCAGGAGUCUUCUGUCUGGUGGUGUGACUUGAGGCAUUAUGAGUAUCCUACAGAUUCUACAACUGCAUAAAACAAUAACUUUGAUGUAUAGAUGAGGCAAAAUUUACAAGUGAUUUUCUAAUUUAUUUUAUUUAUUUAUUUAUUUUAUUUUUGAGUAUGCACAUGUUGCUUUGUUAAUACAUGUAGCAGCUGGUGUGAGUGUUGCGAUAGGGAAAUGUAUGCUUGGUUAUUGUAUUGUAACAGUUGUCAGAAGUAAGGAAGGGUUAUGACUGACAUGCACAAAAGAGGAGUGUUGAACCAGGAUGAGUUACAGGAGUGGAAAAAUGAAUGUCAACUUGCAUGAUUCUUUUUAUUGGAAUGUUUCUGUUCUGUAAUAGCAUUGUUUUAGUUGGCAGAUUGAAUUAUGAUUGGAGAAAGGAAGGGCUGUGGUUUACAUAAUUUAUAGAAAUCGAUGUGAUGAACUGGCAGAAGCAACUGGAGUGUAGAAAAUGUAUUGUCAGCUUGUAUGAAACUUGUAAUAGGGAAGUGUAUCAUUGCUUUGUACGGUUGGCUGACUGACAUUAUCUUAUCAUUAUCAUUAUUAGUUCUAUUUACACACACACACACACACACACACACACACACACAAAUAUUUGACAGCUGAAUCCACAAUGGGUGAAUGCCAGGAAGAUAUGCAUUUUAUAAACAAUCACAAGAAGCAAAUCAUUACAAUGUACUGCAAACAGACAAUAGGUUCACCAGGCCCUAUAUGCAAGCAGCCUAUAGUGUUACUUGGCCCAGACAGCCCCCUCCCCCUCCUCAUCCCUCCCCUGGCCAUGUGCAGCUCUGAGUGUAACAUGUUACUAACCAAGGAAUCUGGAGCUCUGGAAUCCUUGACCCUAACGACGCAAUACUGUGACCAGAUAAUCAGGAAUCAAAUGAUCUUGAAAAUAAACUCAACAUUUUAGAA